AUGCGUCCUGUGGCUCGAUCGUUGAUCCAAUCGAUUUGUGUCGCCUCGUGCGUGAUCCUCUUCAUCUUCCCAUACCUUACUGUCACCAGCUGGAUUCUUAUCCUCAUCACAUUCCUUCUCGCUGGAAUCGCCGCAAUGUUUGCAGUACUAUGCAGGACUCAUAACAAUACAGUAGCCGCUCCGAUUGAGCCAUUGGAAGAGGAGAAGGAUGAGAAGUUCACUGAAGAGAAGGCCUAA